GUGACCGCAUUUGUAGUUUCAUGAGGCGACAGAUGCGGUCGAAAAAAAUGACCCACUUUGUCGUCGACCCAGUUUUGUGUAUACCUUGUGAUCAUAAUUAAUAUCCUAACCUAAAAGUAAAAUGGCGUGAUCGUGAAGUCUUCAAUGUUAUCAUUCAUGUUUACAUUGCAGAUUCUACAUUCGUAAAUUUUGUACGUUGAUCCUGUGGUUUUGAAUAUUUUGUUAUCUUAUUGUGUUCAUAAUGGAAGAGGAAGAUAGGCCUAGGUCGAAUAUUCUUAAGAAGGUUUUUUCUACAUAUAUGCCACUCACUGCAGAAAAAGUUACAGUGAGUGAUAAAACAUUUCUACCAUCACUUGAAUGGAAAAAUGAGCAAGUGGCAAACUUUUCAUAUCUUCGUAAUGCUCUUGCAAUUAGAAGAGAAGCUGAGAAAACGUAUGGUACAAAUGUGAAAGAAGUUUUACCAGCAAAAUACAGUGAAGAAGCUUGGUUUAAAAUAUGUAUUGAAGAACCUAUUAAACCAAAAAAAUUUCAACAUCAUUCUGGAAUCGGUAAACAUUGUUAUAAAAAACCAUCAGUGCCCCUUCUUUUGUCUAUGUCUCAAGACACUCUUCUCAGUCUUCUGGAAAAUUUUGUCAUGUGGAUAGAUGAAGGACAUACGUCUGUUCAGUUGAGUGGAAAAUGGAUCUACAGUAUAUUUGUGUGUUUGGAAGUUCCAUUGCUUCCAGAAGUGUGUUCCUCUUUGCGCGAACUAUGUAAGUUGGCUGCUAAAGAAAGGUCAAUACUAGAAGAAUAUGAAAAUCGGACUGUGAAUACACUCAAUCUCAUCAUUUGUUUAGUCGGACACUACUUUUCACAGACCGACCUAGCCGAUUGACUCAUCACUUCAAACAUUUUUCCAACAGGUUUUUAUUCAUAAGUGAGUUUUUUCAAUCAUUUUUCUAAUAGUUCUUUAUUCAUAAGUGAGUUAGUAGGCUACAGUAUGAUAUUUUAGGUACUUUUAUGUGAGUUUUGAUUAACUUACCGUAUUUACUUCAAAUUUAGUUUUUGAUAAAAUAAAAUUACUUUUUUGAAUGGAAAGUGCAUACAUCAUAUUUAUGAUCCUGUCCAUUAAAGCAGGCCCAUAGACAGGGUAUGGCAGGUAAAGCUGGAUUUGGGGGAACCGGCCUCCCAGGGGGGCCCGGCAGCCAGGUGUCAAUGAAAAAAGUAUUUCUGUUUGUAACUGUGUAAGAAAUUUUCAAAUUUAUUCAUUUCCAUCUUCAUACAACAUGCACGAUACAGUAUAAUAAAAAUUAACUAUUCUAAUACACAGCAUGAACCAUUUAAUGAAAAUGAAAAUUUCCCCCAGCAAAAGUAAAACUUGCUCGCUGGUGGGAGUCCAUCCUAGAACUAAAAUUAAUAAUUAUUGAAUACUAGGAAAAAUAAAAAGGAAAAAACAUAAGUUCAGGAAAACCUAGAAAUACCAUAUUCAAUACAGAAAGAAAAGAGAAUACUCAUUAGAAAAGAAAAACAAAAGUUGCUAUGAAAUAUCUUUGACUAGAGUAAUUCAUCAAAAACCAGAUUAAAACAAUAUUCAUACAUAAUAUAAUAUCAUUUGAUAAAUUGUGACACAAUAGAAAUACCAGAAUAUUGUAAUCUGUUAUAGUUAUCUUAUUCACUUAAGGUAUUGACAGGAACCCUAAUUCUUGGAAAAAAUUAUCACAUAUCCAUUUAUUUAAUAUUUUACUAUUUUGACAAUGAGCAAUUGACAACAAUGACAAUUGUUCAGUUACCAUGUUGAUUAACUUGGAGCUAACAUAAAUAAGCUGUCUCGAAAUAUACUCAGGUUGCUGUGAUAUACUUUGUAUUUUCUCACAAUGUUAGGUCUGAAUGAAUAAGAUGGCCAGUCAGAUUCCUCUAAGUUCUGUGUAUAGUGAUUAAUGUAUUUUAUCAGCCAAAGUUAUUAACAACAUGUUUAUUUUUCCGUCCUUAUAGAUUCUAUUAGAUUGAACAUAACUUAUCAUGCACAUUGUAAUAUUACAUUUUUUCUCGAUUGGAAUUGAAUCUUCAA